AUGUUUUUGAAUUGGGAGCGAUGCAACAAGUCCGCCGCCCGCCCGCCCGUCAGUACCGCCGCGACCAUGGCAUCGGACGGACGUACGAAGCGCUCGCAAUCGAUAUGCGCGCCGGCCUCCGCUAGCAUGGAGGCCUUAGUCGCCCCCAUGGAAACCACCCCCGCCCCCCGCAGGAGGCCCGCAGCCCGCUCCCAGUCAGCCAGGAUCACUGGAGGCCGAAGCGUGAGACACCGACGGCAGCAACAGCAACAACAACUGGACAGGGAGACCAGAGCGCGCUACAGCUCCGAACCGAGAUUAGCCGAAGCCGAAACACCCCCACAAGUUCGCAGACAAGCGUCAGCUCGACGCAGACCUCCGCCAGGACACAACACCCAACCACGCCGCUCCAACGCCUUCCUAGACGUCCCUAAACCACAUCAACAAGAACAGGAGGAGCCCGAUGAGGACUCCUACAGACUCCGCACCUUCAACAUCACACAGAAAGGAGGAAUCGUAAACCGUGGCGACUCAUUCCGCCGCCGCCGCUCACGAUCCGGUUCCCUCGCGCCUUCGCCCGCGCAGCCCGAGCCUAGCGAGCGGCGCGUGGUCGCCCUACACAGGGUCGCCAUGGUGGGCGCGCCUGGUGUUGGCAAAACGGCGCUGAUCAGCCAGUUUCAGACCAGCGAGUGUAUUAAUGCGUAUGACAGACAGAGAGAUCCUGACGCUGAACAGAAAGUAUCCAUCAUGCUAAACGGAGAAGAAUCAGAACUAUACUUCGUGAACUGUACUACUUCUAAGGAGGAAAUCGACCGCUCAGAGCCCCCAGACGCGUUCGUAGUCAUAUACAGCGUUGUCGACAAAGCGUCCUUCCAGAAGGCUGAACAAGAGCUGGCCAGGUUAUUGGACUGCGACAUGCUAAGGUCUAGACCUGCUGUGCUGGUUGGGAACAAAAUAGACCUGGCGAGGAGUCGAGCUGUCUCCACACAAGACGGCAAAUGCUUAGCGUGCACCUACAAAGCAAAGUUCGUCGAGGUCUCAGUCGGCAUCAACCACAAUGUGGACGAACUUCUCGUCGGUAUCCUCAACCAGAUCAGAUUAAAGAAGCAACAGUAUUCAGCCGAAGGCGGCAGGGAGUCGUCCCCAGCACAUUGGUACAAAUCCAGAGGAGUCGUUCGCGCUAGCAUGAAGGCCAGACAGAUGCUCACAUGGAUAUUCGGCAAAGAGGAUUCCAAAUUCAAAAACUGUGAGAAUUUAAACGUCCUGUGAGUAGAAAAUGACGGACCUGUGUUCGUCUAAUACAAUUUGGACUUUACAAGUGUGAUUAAGUGUAAAUUUGCAUUGUGUUCGUUUUAAGUGUUAUAUUCGAUUUUUGUUUUUAAUUUAGAACGAGGAAACGUAUCAGCCAGUUAGUAAAUGAUAAACGAGCAAAGGGUGAUGAAAGGCCUUUUCGAACCUGAAAUGUUAUUUGAAAUUUCAACGACAAAUUAUGAGUUGAGUAUGUAACUGUAAAUAAUUAUGCAUUAAUACACGGCGUGGCCCAUUUAUGACACUUAUUUCAUUCGACUCAUAAACCCACGCUUGUGUUUUAAUGCAUCUCAUUAUGUGCAGUCACAUAAAUUACUAUUUUCAUUAUAAGCUCGUUUAUCACAUGCACAGCAGUUGAUUGAUUAGGGUUCUUGGGCAAAAAAAAACACCAAUAACGCUAGGACAAAAAACAAAUGGGACCUAAGAUUCUUGUCAACAACAUUUAUAGUCUCAAUAACCAAAUAGGGCAACCCAAUAAAAGGGAUUGAAUGUUAUCUCACUUUUACAAAUGGACCCAUCUCUAUCGACCCCGAAACAAUCAAUUCGCUUACUAACGGCUCCAAAAUUUAAAUAUGCUUUAUCUCUCUCUUACGCGUAAGAAAGAAGAGUAAAGCCUACGUUUCCGAAAGGAGUAGUAACGCCAAAUAGCAAAUUGGUAGAAUAAAAAUGUUAUUGUGCCAAAUUUUCGAGAGAAUUUAAUCUAUAAUCGUUAAGUGUAGGUAAAGGAAAAGUGAGAAAAACAGUAUUUUCCCCGUGUUUAUCUUAAAAUGACGUAUCAGCAAUAUUUUACUCGUAAGUGACACAAUUUAUCAUGUAGUUUAAUAUCGAGUUUAUUGGACCAUGCUGUGUAUUGUAAGUAGGUAAACUUGUACCUAUGUAUAUUUACU